UACUCUCAUGACACUGUUCUCCAAAGCCUGGAUCAAAGGGCAGAACAGGAGACUAUGGAGUCCCUUUGGUGGAGCCCACAGGCGGAGAGGAAGCACAGGAUUCAUAAGAUGGAGGGCGGGAGAAUAUAUAAAAAACUGGAGGCCAAGAUAUUUCCUUUUGAAGACAGAUGGCUCAUUCAUAGGAUAUAAAGAGAAACCCCAAGAUGUGGAUUUACCUUAUCCCCUCAACAACUUUUCAGUAGCAAAAUGCCAGUUAAUGAAAACAGAACGACCAAAGCCAAACACAUUUAUUAUCAGAUGUCUCCAGUGGACCACUGUUAUAGAGAGAACAUUUCAUGUAGACACUCCAGAGGAAAGGGAAGAAUGGACAGAAGCUAUCCAGGCUGUAGCAGACAGACUCCAGAGGCAAGAAGAGGAGAGAAUGAAUUGUAGUCCAACUUCACAAAUUGAUAAUAUAGGAGAGGAAGAGAUGGAUGCUUCUACAACCCAUCAUAAAAGAAAGACAAUGAAUGAUUUUGACUAUUUGAAACUACUAGGUAAAGGCACUUUUGGGAAAGUUAUUUUGGUUCGAGAGAAAGCAAGUGGAAAAUACUAUGCUAUGAAGAUUCUGAAGAAAGAAGUUAUUAUUGCCAAGGAUGAAGUGGCACACACUUUAACUGAAAGCAGAGUAUUAAAGAACACUAGACAUCCCUUUUUAACAUCCUUGAAAUAUUCCUUCCAGACAAAAGACCGUUUGUGUUUUGUGAUGGAAUAUGUUAAUGGGGGAGAGCUGUUUUUCCAUUUGUCGAGAGAGCGGGUGUUCUCUGAGGACCGCACACGUUUCUAUGGUGCAGAAAUUGUCUCUGCCUUGGACUAUCUACAUUCCGGAAAGAUUGUGUACCGUGAUCUCAAGUUGGAGAAUUUGAUGCUGGAUAAAGAUGGCCACAUAAAAAUUACAGAUUUUGGACUUUGCAAAGAAGGGAUCACAGAUGCAGCCACCAUGAAGACGUUCUGUGGUACACCAGAAUAUCUGGCACCAGAGGUGUUAGAAGAUAAUGACUAUGGCCGAGCCGUGGAUUGGUGGGGCCUUGGGGUUGUCAUGUAUGAAAUGAUGUGCGGGAGGUUACCUUUCUACAACCAGGAUCAUGAGAAACUUUUUGAACUAAUUCUAAUGGAAGACAUUAAAUUUCCUCGAACACUCUCUUCAGAUGCAAAAUCAUUGCUUUCAGGGCUCUUGAUAAAGGAUCCAAAUAAACGCCUUGGUGGAGGACCAGAUGAUGCAAAAGAAAUUAUGAGACACAGUUUCUUUUCUGGAGUAAACUGGCAAGAUGUGUAUGAUAAAAAGCUUGUACCUCCUUUUAAGCCUCAAGUAACAUCUGAGACAGACACCAGAUACUUUGAUGAAGAAUUUACAGCUCAGACUAUUACAAUAACACCACCUGAAAAGUAUGAUGAGGACGGUAUGGAUUGCAUGGACAAUGAGAGGCGGCCGCACUUCCCUCAGUUCUCCUACUCCGCGAGCGGGCGAGAAUGAGUCUCUUCUGCUACUUCACUGUCAUCUUAGAUUUGUGACUGAAAAUGAUUCCUGGACAUCACAGCAGUCCUAGCUCUUACAAAUGCAGGAGCACCUUCAGACAUCCCAGACCAGUCCAAGGUCUUCGCCCCUCGCCGCCUUUCACCCACAUGAGAACACACAUAUAUGCAGACAUACUCGACUUUUGUUUUUGCAUGAAAUUGUAUCUCAGUCUAAGGUCUCAUGCUGUUGCUGCUACUGUCUUACUAUUAUAGCAACUUUAAGAGGUAAUUUUACAAUCUUUGGAAGUCAUGAGCCCACCAUUGUUCAUUUGUGCACCAACUGUCAUCUUUUGGUCUUUUAAUUUUUGUUUUUCCCUAACAGUGAAGGCUAAACGAUUCUAGGUACAUUUUUUAACUUCUAGACGAUAAAUCAAAAACUAAUUAGACUAAGAAGAUUUAGUUUAUAAUUCAGAACAAGCAAUUGUGGAAGCGUGGUGAUGUGCAUAUGCAAAAUUUUAGUAAAGCAUAUCAGAUCAGUGCGUAAAAUAGGUUAUGUAUCAGUAAGAUCCUACUGGAAUUCAUUAGGAAGCAUUUGAGAGAAGGAAUGAACAACUAUUAAGAUAGAUAUAUACAUUUAUAAAUUUAAAUUCUUAUUCGAUACUGCAGAGGAAGCCUGGUAUUACAUGUGGAUGUCCAGAUUUCACAGGCAGUUGUUGGCAAAGGAACAUUGUUCGACCAAGGAAGGAAGCAUAUGCACAGCAGAGUAGGUCACUUAAAGGGUCUAUGAUAUGAUUUGCACCAGAGAGCGUUUUAUUUCCCCUGUGCUUGGAAACCUUUUUCCCUUCUUGAUAUUAUCACCUCUGAUGGCUGAAGAAUGUAGACAGGUGUAAUGAUCCUGCUUUUCACCAAAAUUUGUACACCAAGGUAAACAGGUGUUUGCCUUAUUUGUUUUAAUUUUUUACUUUCAGUUCUACGUGAAUUAGCUUUUUCUCGGAUGUUAAAACUUUGAAUGUCCUUUUAUGAUUUUGUUUAUGUUGCAGUAGUAUUUAUUUUUUAGUGAUGAGAAUUGUAUGUCAUGUUAGCAAAUGCAGCUCCAACUUAACAUAAAACAGACUUACUGCAGUUUCUUUUGACCCAUGUGCAAGGAAUGUACACGCCGAUGAGAAUCAUGCACUUUUUCUCCUAUGUAAAAAAAAUCUUGAUGAGGCUCUGAAAUUGUACAUAUAGAUUAGAAUUUGGCUUUAGGAGAAGAGAUGCUGUCAUUUAACCCCUUGGUGCUAAAAAUGAGAAAUCCCCAACUAUCCAUGCCAAGGGGUUGAAGCAAAUGGAUGUUAUAUUUGCUCUUUUGAGAAUUGAAAUAUUAUGACGGCCUGGCAACAUAAUGUAAUGAAGAAAAUUGAGACCUGGAUGAUAAGAAAUGAACUUUACUUGGCAAAAUGAACACAUCUCAAGUAUUUACGAAGUGGGCAGUAAAGGAUAAGGACCUGGUGUGUUUAUUCUGAUCAUGGUACAUUUAUCACUGAAUUAAGCCAUCAGGGAAAAAACAAAACAAAAAAGAACACCUCCAACUUUUCUUUUUCUGUAUAUACUCAUGUCCUCCAAUUCCGACAUUUCUCACUGAAAGGGGACAUGUAUGCAAACCUCAUCUUUCUCUUUCAUUAAUGAUGAUCUUCAGAUUAAACCCUUUGGUGCUAGGAGCUGACAUUUUCCAAAGCAGCCUAUGAAGUCCAGGGAGCUCCUGACUCCAUGGAGCCAUCGUGGAGAUGUAUUUUAGUUAAACUAUCUGACAGCUCCCAAAUGGAAGACUACAGCAUGACGUAGUGUUAUGAUUGCAUUGUAUGAAAGAGCAAGUGACUUUCUAAGUAGGAUGAAUCAUAUUCAUAUGCAGAUGUCUUAGCCUCUUGACGCUGGAAGUGUGGGUUUACAGAUAUGAAACCACUGCUGGCAGUGGGUGGACCACUGGGACUGACAGGGGGUUAAAGGGCAUUUUACUAAGGCAGCUAAGACAUAUUCAGACAUAGAUUUUAUCCUAAUUUUUCAUAUUUCUACCUGAGUGAAGUUCAUCCUUAGUACUGAGUAGGAAGUUACAGUAAAAUGGUAGUUCAUUCUUACUUACACAUAUAGCUCAACUUUUUUUUUUUCACUUGGAAUUAUGUUGAAUGUUUCACUUUGACAAGAAAGUAGACUAGAAGGUAUGUCCUGUAAGUUGUCUUGCAUCCAUUAUAUAAAAAAGAAACAGGUGAGAGGAAGAGAGGAAAGCUGAGACUGGCUGGUGUUCAGAGCAUUCAUUUCUUCAGAGGGAAAGUACACCAUACACUAAGCACACAGAUAGUUUUGGGUUGUUUUUUUUUUCCCCCCCAAAUCUUAAGAUGAUUUCCAUGACCUUGGCCAAGGACACUUCCUAAGGAUUAAUGACAGCGUUGACUGUGCCUCAGGCUGGCCACUCUGCACAGCUGGCUCUCCGUCCCCAGCUGGUGCCCGGGGCUUAGUCCCGUAUCCCCUCCGAGAUUCUGUUAGCGUCACACAGGGUGUGUUGUUGGCUUUGAUUUUAAGAAUCCCUUACUUUCACUCCCUGAUCUCAGUCAGCUGGCAUGGAAAAACAAUAGAAAAACAGAAAUGUGUGUAGAAGGAGAUUCUAAAACUUCCCUCAUGUCUGCCCAUAGCUGAAGUUUCGGAUUCUGGUGGACGGAAAGGCCUGGCCCUGGAGUCACUCUGUCAGAAUAGCAGAAGUUCAGGCUUUGCAGACUCCUUCCUGUACCAACUUCCUUGAAGUCUGCCUCUUGCCAUGAUGCAGCCAUCUUGGAGGAAAUUGGCCGUCUCUGCUUGGAUUUUUGGCAGGGCUGCUCACAGCUUUGCUUUCCACACUAACUACAUAGCAUUAUUCCAGUGUUUUCCAUUUCCCAUACCUGAUUUCCAGCUUCUUAAAGCUGACUGUUCUUGCAGGGGCCACUUGCUUCUCUUAGAGUACAAAGUAAGGGCCUUCCUUACUAACUGCAGGGUCUUUCUACUACACCUCAGUGUACACACUUUGCUGCUACUGUUCGUACUGUCUACAGUAGAAUUUCCUUAUCUUGCUCCUGGUAGUGCAUUACAGGCAAGCAUGAAAUGUAAAGUAUUUAUUUAAAUAAAAAGAAAACCUCUAAAUUGGUAAUUGAAUUACCUCCCUGUAGCUUUAUAGUUUGUGACAUUUCUUGACCUUGCUAGUUCUUUCAUUAGAUCCGCGCAAGAUCUAGUCAUCUGGUUAAGGAUUUUAAGCAGACGCAACUAUGAACCCAAGAAACUGUAUUACUAUUACUGUUGGUCAUACUAAAACUGUUUAUUUCCUUAAGUAUAUGACCCACAAGGAUGUGAAAUAACUACAAGAAACUGUUUUUGUACACUGUACAUCCUUAGUAUUUUUACACGUAUAUGAUAGGGAUGCACAUUAUUUUCCUUCGUACAGACAGCUUAAAUAAAGCACUAUGUCAAUCUGCUACUUCUCUGU